GGUUCAGACCCAGUUUUGUGGCCAACAUGGACAGUCACAGAGUCCAGUCCUCCUACAGGAGGCGUUUCUGCCCCCAGGCCUCCAGCAGCAUGGUGGGGGUCCGCAUCGGAGGCCUCCCCGCCAGCCGCCUCUCCUGGCACGGGAGCCCCCGCGCCCUGGCCCGCUGCGGCCCCCCGCAGAGGAGCACCUUGCAGAGCCCCGCCGAGAGACUGGACUUCUCGGCCGACUCGCGGCUGAAGGCCCACUUCAAGGAGACGCGCAGCAACGAGAAGGUGGAGAUGAUGGGCCUCAACGACCGCUUCGCUAGCUUCAUCGAGAAGGUGCGCGUGCUGGAGCAGCAGAACAAAGUCCUGGCGGCCGAGCUGGCCCAGAUGAGGGGGAAGGAGCCCAGCAGGGUGGGCGACAUCUACCAGACCCAGCUGAGGGAGCUGCGGGGCCAGGUGGACGACCUCGGAGCCGACAAGGCCCGCCUGGAGAUCGAGAGGGACAACAUGGCGGCGGACGUGUCCACGCUCAAGCACAGGUUGCAAGAUGAGAUGGGCCUACGACAAGACGCAGAGAAUAACCUCAGCGUCUUCAGACAGGACGUGGAUGAAGCGUCUCUAAACCGAGUCCAGCUGGAGAGGAAGGUGGAAGCGCUGCAGGACGAGAUGGACUUCCUGAAGAAGAUUCACGAGGAGGAGCUCCGUGAUCUGCAGGAGCACGUCAUGACCCAGCAGCUUCACGUGGACCUGGAUCUCUCCAAACCUGACCUGACUGCUGCUCUCAGGGACAUCCGAGUUCAGUACGAGACCAUGGCCUCGUCCAACAUGCAAGACACGGAGGAAUGGUACCGCUCGAAGUUUGCCGACCUGACAGAUGCAGCCAACAGGAGCGCUGAGGCCCUGCGCCAGGCCAAGCAGGAGGCCCAUGAGUACCGGCGACAGGUCCAAGUGGUCACCUGUGACCUGGAGGCGCUCCGUGGGACAAACGAGUCCCUGGAACGUCAGCUGCGGGAGCUGGAGGAGCGUUUCUCCGUGGAGACGUCGGGCUACCAGGACACGGCCUGCCACCUGGAGGAGGAGGUGCGGGCCCUGAAGGAGGAGAUGGCCCGACACCUGCAGGAGUACCAGGAGCUCCUCAACGUCAAACUGGCCCUGGACAUCGAGAUCGCCACCUACAGGAAGCUGCUAGAAGGAGAGGAGAGCAGGAUCAUCAUACCGGUCCAGAGCUUUUCUAACCUGCACUUACGAGAUGCUCUCCUGGACAACAGAAGCCCGGACCUCCACACCAAGAGGAGCAUCCUGGUCAGGACCGUGGACACCAGAGACGGAGAGAUCAUUAAGGAUUCCACCACUGAGCAUUAAUAUGUCUGGUUCUCCAUGACAAUACCUUUUUUUAUGAUUAUUGUUACAAAAAAUACAAAUUUUGCGCUACAAUUUAUUAUUUUCUCUACCAUCAGAAAUUAGUUUGUUUGUUCCCCCAUCACCAUGAUGACAUUUAGCUCUCUCAUCACCAUAUUUUGUUGGAAUAAAAAAAUACAUUAAUUGAACAUGAGUAUAUCUGGUGAAUGUUCUAUAUUUUGUGUAUAUUCUUAGCAUAAAACGCAGAAUAUUCCAACUCAUUUGGGACUUUACUGAAGCUCUCGAAGGACACUUUAUUAGGUACCCUCAGUGUACAUUGUUUUUGUCAGUUCGUGUAAUGAUGACCACGUCCAACUGUGGGUGUGCCUAAUAGAGUGGCCGGUGAGUGUGCACGCGGCCCUGGCGUGGCGUCACGUGGAUGUAUUUGAAAGCUGACGUGACCUUUGCCCUCCAGUGAGCAGCAAGCACGAAAGUCGUAAUCUGACACAACAGAGAACGGGGGAAGGGGUCCUCAUCCCCAUCCUCAGUGUGAAGGCCACUAAAGAGAGCGCAGCUCCGUGGAGGCUGUUGCUGUCGCCACGGUUACACUGUUUGACUGGCUUCCCAUGCCCCCCCAUCCGCCAUCCCCCCUUCCCUCCACACCACACCCCUCCUCUCUGAAUCCUCGAGACACUCGACGUCUAUUUGAGUCUGGUGACAGCAAACCAAAAAACGUGUCAAGUGAACAGACGCUCCUUAUUUUAUCUUACAAUCUCUUUACGACAAUAAAAGAAUCAAACAUUUACUUUGAAACGUUGGAUCAUUUUAUCCAUUUGAUUUGAUAGCAGAAUAAGUUUUAAUGUUGUAAAAUACCAUGUUGGCAAAAUGAACAAAAACCCAAGAAAAAGCUACAAUUUUACCUGUAUAAUAUUAUUAAUAA